AUGGCUGAGCCAUCCGAUGAUAUAGAAGCAUGGGUAUCUAUGGAGAGUCUUUAUGACAAAGCAAUCCAGUCACCAUCUGAGAUAACUCAGGACGAGAAACAUGCUAUAAUGGAAUGGCCCUCCUUGGAACAAAUGGAGGAGACAAGUCAAAAAUACAUUGGCAAAUCUUUGCAAGAUCUCAUUCACACAGCGGCCAAUGAUCCUCUCGCUCUCACGUAUCCAGAGUGUCGCUUGAUUGAUGAUGAUUUCCAGAUACUUGGGGGUCUCGAUGCUGCUAAAUAUAAGAAUGACCGAUUGAAACGCAUGAUCGGACGCCAGGAGCUGUGGGAUAAGUGGCAGCAGGCGCGGGCUGCUGUCUUAUCACCGGAUGAACUCAAGGCCAUUAGAAACAUCAGACAGCCUGCAGUCUACCUUGCGAAGCAAAAGGCGCACAAUAGGCCAUUCCUUGAAGCUGAAGAGAGAUCCAGGACUCACCCGCCGGACUGGGUGCAAAAAAUCCUUGACCGUGAUGGCAAAGGCUGGGGCUAUGUGAUCUACCGUCCAUCAAUCGUUCAUGAAGACGAAGGUACCAAGGAGGCUUGGAGAGCGUGCUGGGACAAUUUUAAUGAACUUUUGAGUUUUCACCCAGUCAUGGUUAUCGGCGGCGAAGAAAUCCAGGAUUCCAAGAUCCUUGAUUUUGUCGAUUAUGGACCUGAAAUGGGCGGGGUGGAUCAACUUCGAAGGGACUUUCGCGCCCGUCGAGAUAAAGGCGGUCUCAAACCAGGCGUUCUUUCAAAUGUAUUCCUCAAUGUGCCUACCGAAUGUCGGGAUACCUAUCUGCGAGAAGAUGGAUAUUCUUGGGCUUGGGCUAUUGAUCCAGACUGGUCGUUACCAGGUCCUGAUGCUGAUGGCUACGAUGGACGUGUUAAGGUUACCUGGGGUCAACUGUUUAACAAAUUUUAUGAUCUGAUGUCCACCAAAAAGGCCACCCUGAAGGAAAUCUGGCAAGAGUUCCAUGAGGCCAAUGAGAAACUCCACGAUGGGCCAUUGCCUGGAUGGCUCUUCUCAAAGCUACCCAAAGAGGUUUGGCCGAAUAAUUGA